AUGUCCUUCGAUGACUUUAUACGAAAUUUUGAGAAAUUAGAGAUUUGCAAUCUGGGCCCAGAUGUGAUGGAAGAAAUCUAUGAAAUGACUGGUGUUAAGCCAACAUUAGGAAAUACUUGGGCGACCAAUUCUCAUGAUGGAUCAUGGCGUGCUGGUCAAACAGCUGGCGGUUGUAGAAAUUAUUUGAGAACAUUUGCUAUGAAUCCCCAGUAUCGUAUGAGGCUUUCUGAUUCUGAUCCAAAUGAUAAUGACAACCUAUGCACAGUUGUAAUCGCUGUGAUGCAAAAAUAUCGACGUGAAUUGAAGCAUACGGGAGUUGAAAAUUUGGCUAUAGGUUUUGCCGUUUAUGAAACGAGUGGCACUGCCGGCAAAUUAAGUACUGAAUAUUUUGCUAAUACUAAGUCUUGUGCACGUAGUCCGGCUUUUAUAAAUCUACGAGAGGUUUUCUAUUUCCAAGAUGGUUGGUUAAAGCUUCAGAAACUUUAG